AUUUAGAAUUUAAAAAUUGUAUAUACAAAGGCAAGUCAAUAUAUAUAUAUAUACACGUACAUAAAUAUUCAAAAUGUUUACUGUGUGGAUCAUAAUUUUUCACCAAUGCUCGUCGUGAAAUUUCAAAGACUCUGGAAACGUCUCUACUCGAAUUAUUCGAUUGCCGAAUCACGAGCAAGUUAUCUGCACAGUCGCCUCGAUUCUUUCCUGUCCAGCGACGGUUUGGAUUCGAGGUCGGUUGUCUCUGCCCAUGGCUACAUUAUUGCAACUGGUAAUGCACAGAAUAGGUUCAUAGCCUCGAAGCUGAUAGCACUCUAUGCAUGGCUGAACCAGCCUUGUUCUUCGACGGCGGUAUUUGAAUCCCUCGGUGUAAAAGAUCCUUUCCUUUGGAACUCCAUCAUCAAAGCUCAUUUUGGCAACGGAAACUACGAGCGAGCUGUUGAAUACUUUUUUCAUAUGCGGCUUUGCGGCAGCUUGCCGGACCAAUUUACCACUCCGAUGGUGGUGUCUGCCUGCGCGGAACUCGGAUUGCUCUCCGAUGGUAUGAUUGUUCACGGUUUGGUUUCGAAGUUGAAUUUAUUUAGUUUGAAUUCUGCAGUCGGUGCUUCACUGAUGUAUAUGUACGUAAAAUGUGGGGAUUUGGAGGAUGCCUGCCAUGUGUUCGACGAAAUGGCUGUGAAAGAUGUGGUUGCUUGGACUGUGCUUGUGGUCGGGUACGUGCAGGCUGGUAAGAGUUACAGAGCUUUGGAGUGCCUUCGUGAGAUGCACAGAAGUGGCGGAGAUGGUGAGAGGCCGAAUUCCCGGACAUUGGAUGCCGGUUUCCGAGCUUGUGGGGAUUCAGGUGCAUUGUCGGAAGGUAGGUGUUUGCACGGAUUGGCGAUUAAAUCUGGAUUUGCAUCCUCUUAUCUAGUUCAGUCUGCAGUUUUGUCGAUGUAUUCGAAAUGUCAGAGAAUCGACGAUGUUCAGGUUUCGUUCUGCGAGGUUGUGGACAAGGAUUUGUUCUCAUGGACGUCACUUGUUAAAGCUUAUGCAAGGAUUGGGCGUGUUCGCGAAUGCUUUGAGAUGUUUCAAAGGAUGGUAGCUAGCGGGGUGUAUCCGGAUGGGAUGGCGAUUGGUUGUCUGUUGUCUGGUUUUGCUAACUCCAUGAUGGUAUUCGAAGGGAUGGCCUUUCAUGGUUUCAUCUUAAGGAGAAAGUACGAGGUUGAUCGUAUUGUUCGUAAUUCUCUGCUGUCAAUGUAUUGUAAGUUUGGCCUUGUGACUCUUGCAGAGAAGAUCUUCUAUGGAGGUUGUGAUCAGGACAAGGAUGCCUGGAACUUGAUGAUCGUUGGCUAUGAGAAAUCGAGAUCAGAGAUGGAAUGCAUAAAGUUAUUUCGUGCAAUGCAGCACCAAGGUAUUGAAUCCGAUUUGAACUGCUUAAUAUCUGUUAUAUCUUCCUGCUCAAGAUUGGGAGUGAUUAACUUUGGGAAGUCUAUACAUUGCCAUGUUAUGAAAACUUUCGCGUGUGAAAAUGUUUCGGUGGCAAAUUCGCUUAUAAGCAUGUAUGGAAAUUGCGGUAACCUGUCUGCAGCGCAGAGUUUAUUUUGUCGAACAGCACCAGACAUUGCGACGUGGAAUUCUCUUAUAUCAUCUUAUGCUGUUAAUGGAAGCUUCUUUGAGGCUUUAAACAUAUUGUUCGAAAUGUUUUCGAAAGGCCUGAAGCCCAAUUCUGCGACGCUGGCUAUCUCGCUGUCUGCGUGCGCUCAGAGUGCGUCGUUGGAACAAGGAAGAAAAAUUCACGACUACAUCAGAGAAGCGGGAUUUGGAUACAGUGUCUCUCUUGGCACAGCAUUGGUUGAUAUGUACGCAAAAUGUGGUGAAAUCAACACGGCUAAAGAAAUCUUCGACGCAAUGGAGGAAAAGGAUGUCGUAUCUUGGACUGUGAUGAUUUCUUGCUACGGAAUGCACGGGCAGGGGAAAUCUGCAGUUCGGAUAUUCCAGGAAAUGGAAGAAAGCGGCAUGAGACCACACGAUCUUGCAUUUCUUGCUGUCCUCUCGGCGUGCGCACAUGCUGGAUUGGCAGAUGACGCCGAAUAUCUAUUCGAUAGAAUGAAAGGGUAUUCGAUUGCCCCAACGCUGCAGCACUAUGCUUGCAUGGUGGAUGUUUAUGGGAAGUUAGGCCGUCUGCACGAGGCUGAGUCGCUGAUUUUGAAGAUGCCUUUCCCUCCCGAUGGAGGCAUUUGGGGCUCUCUCUUAACUGCCUGCAAAACUCAUAACAAUGCCGAGAUGGGCGUGAAGAUAGCGAAGCGCGCCAUUGAUGUUAAUCCAGAGAAUGACGGGUACUAUAUUUCGUUGUCGGAUUUUUACAGCUCUAUGGAGAUGUGGGAAGGGGUAGAGCAAGUGAGACAGAUGAUGAAGGAUAGAGGAGUUAGAAAAACUAUCGGAUGGAGCACCGUGUAGUAACCUAUCCAUCGAUGUGUAUACCUUAGGUUAUUAAUGUUGAAACUACGCAAUGGCAUGGUUGGAUCGGCAUCGAGACCCUGAUCGGAUAAGCUGAGGUUAAGACCUGGAGAGCCUCCUUGGUCAUGAAGGUCUCCCACAAAUGUUUGAAAAUGGCUUGUGCCAAUUAAGGUAUGGUUAUUGUUACAUUAAAUAUUUGAUAUAUUUUAUUACUAUUCGAAUUUUUUACUAUAUUGAAAAUACAAUAUACAACAAGACAAAUUGAGUGGAAAGAAUUGCUGGGUUAUAAUAGAGUGACAAAUGGAAAAUUGUAAAAUAUGUAUGAGGUUAUAUUUUAU